AUGCAUCAGUUGGUGGAGCAGUUCUUGAAGUUAAAGCCGCUGAAGUUCGACAGAAAAGGUGACCCUGAGGCCGCGCCGCGUUGGGUGGAAGAGUUGGAGAAGGUCUUUGAAGUUUUGGGGUGCACCGAGGCCGAGAAGGUGACCUUAGCCGUGUAUCAGUUGCAAGAUAAUGCUAGUGAUUGGUGGAAGGCCACCAGGGGAGAGUGUUCCCCGAGGAGUGCUAGGGAAAGGAAACUAGCAGAGUUUAUGAGACUCCGCCAUGGCCAGAUGACUAUGGAUCAGUAUGAGGCAGAAUUUGCUAGGCUGUCUAAGUUUACGCCAAGGAUGGUAGAUCAUCCUGAGGACAAGGCGCGAAGGUUUCGGGAUAGACUGAGAGCCAACAUUCGCAGUCAGUUGAUACCGGCUAUUGAGCGGGAUCGGGUAGACAGGGCAACCGCUUCUGGAUCGCGGUUUGCCCCGGCUAAGGACAACCGCCGCUUCGAGAAGAAGCCAAUAGCGGGAAAUAGACGUUUUGUCCCUCAUGUAAAGAAAAACAUCAGGAACCCGAACCACCCGCAAAGCAAGUUUGGGGCAUGUUUCAAGUGCGGGAACAUGGACCACCAGAUAAGGAACAUGGUGGGCCAUGGGCUUGUGAGAUUUUAA